UAUAAAAAAACAUCAUAAUUGACACAAAAAUGCAUCAAAAUAACUGUGUGUGACCUUCACAAUACGUUUCAUAUCAUAUUUCUGUAUGUUGAAGCAACAAACAAACACGUCACAUAUGUGACGUUUUGUUGUUUUUCCUGUCCGAAGAAAGAUACAUACAACACUCAAAGCGGAAGUUUAACAUAAAAUAUGUUAAAUUUUAAAAUAGAUGUUUUCGCUUUAGCAGCUUUAUUGUCAACCAAAUAUCGAAACAGUCUCCAGGACUGAUCAAUAAAAAGGUUUUCUGGGCCCUCGGCUGCUUUGACAUUUUUCCUGCCGUCUUCACCUGUUGUGUGCAAUUACGUUUUCUGAGGGGGGGGGAGACAACAAAGGAGAAGUGGAAAAAUUACCACUGGAACAAAAACAAGCUUCCCUUGUUCCUAAAAAUCACUUUUAGAAAGACUAUAAAAUGAAGGCGUGCAUGCACAGAUGCGACCAAUAGGCGGUACUGUGCCAUUCCUCGGGUCGCUCUCUCCAUCUCCAGCCCUGAGGACAUCACCGUCUCUCUGCGUGCCUUUCCUCCUAAUUGACCUAAAUCCAGUUUCUCUGCUGUCCCUGACGGCGGACUAUCACACAGCCUGCGAGAUAAGCUACGAGGAAACAACGCUGUGGAGCUUUUCGCUCUCUCUCUCUCUUCCUCUCUCUCUCUUGGAGUAAUACCUCUGCCUUUCUGUCCUCAGAUCAACCCCAACGCGAGUUUUGCGCCUGGACGGGACCUCUUGUAGUGCGUCGCGAUGAUUUACGUGGAGCAGAAAGAACUGACGCCUCUCCCAGGAAGGAUUUUAUAAUAUUCUCAUCCGCGGGAUUUUUAUUUUUAUUUUUUUAAGGUGCAAAAACCAGCUGGAUCCAUAAGCGCAAAAGUCGAAAUGUUAGACGAUAAGGCGCCGAGAUCCCAACUCGGUGCUCCGUCUUUUUACAUCGAGAAUCUGCUGCGGACAUCCGGCGCGGAUUCCUCGGCCGGAGAGAGAGUGGAGACCUCCGGGUUCAAAGUUUGGGGGGCUGCGCCCUUCCCGGUGGUCAGCAGGGUGCUGGAAACGGGACGGCCGCUUCAGAAAACCGCAGAUCUUUAUGGGUCCAGCGUCACAGAUAAAUGGGGGGUCCAUGCAAGACGGAGACGAGGGGAUUGCCAAGUUUUACCAGACUCAGCGGAGGAGAGCGACGAGUCAGAGGAGAAGAGAGACGAUAGUUUAACAAACGACCAAGAGGAAGAAACUGUGCAGUCUUCCUGCAUCCUCGGGGAGGAUAACUGUGAUACAGGUGAGGUCAAAAUGCUGCGGAAGAAGAAGACGCGCACCGUCUUCAGCCGUACCCAGGUCUUCCAGCUGGAGUCCACCUUCGACCUGAAGCGCUACCUGAGCAGCACCGAGCGAGCCGGGCUGGCCGCCUCGCUGCAGCUCACGGAGACUCAGGUCAAGAUCUGGUUUCAAAACCGCAGGAACAAGUGGAAACGCCAGAUCACCGCCGACAUAGAGAGCGGUGGAGCCGUCGUACCUUACGCCGCCCACAGGGUCGUCAGAGUCCCCGUGGUGUACCGAGAGAACAUUGGCACGCCUCUGACUCUGGGCGGCCUGUCUCAGGUGUCGCCGCCAGUUAUUGGGGUCUCGGAUCCCACCUGCCCACUGACCGGACACCUCACCCACCAAUUGAUGUUUAUGUCACCACCGAUGACAGGACUGGUAUGAUGUAAGGAGCUUUGGACGUAAAGAGACGCUAUUAGCAAUUCUAACACACUAAUUUAGAUGCUCUGAUUUUUAUUUUUUAACUAUUUCUCUUGGAAAAAGGCGAAGGGAGCCUGGUUCUCAGCCCAGGGCAGCAUUCCGUCAUGGGACGGCACCAGUGGUACAAAUAACAAUUCUGUCAUUUACACCUCAACUGAGUUUUCUGUUGGAUAUUUUUGUGUCCCGUUAAGGCUUACUCAGCGUUGAGAACCG